CAACUUUAUUGGCAACCCUGCUGACAACCUGAUUCGUGAGCAUUCGGAUGCAGUAAGCAUUGGAGAGUUUAAGAAGAAACUUGAAACCACCAAAAAUGUUAUUAAGAAUGUAUUCUCUAGUUAUUCUAAUACUAGAUCUUGUGACACUUUUAUUUGGGAUAUUUUUUGCUAUUGUAAUUGCACUAUACAGAAUAGUUAAACCUCCACCAUUGAAAAAUCUUCAUGGGGAAGUUGCAAUGGUUGUUGGUGCAGGGCGAGGCAUAGGUAGAGAAUUAGCAAUUCAUUUGUGUCAACUUGGUGUUAACGUUGCUUGUGUAGAUAUUAACAUUGAUAGUUGUGAUGUUACUGUACAACUAGCAUCUAAAUCACUAGGAGUUGCUAAAAUGUACAUUUGUAAUAUAAUAGACAAGAACGAAGUAGCUCAUACAGUGAAUAUUAUUCAAUCAGAGUUAGGUGAAGUUACAAUGCUUUUCCACUGCUGCAGUAUACCAAGUCCUAGAGCAUUACUUCAGGAUCCACCAGAAAUAAGGCAUACAAUUGAUUUAACAGUUCUGAGUCAUUUCUGGUUAUUGGAGACAGUUUUACCUUGUAUGGAAAGUGUUGGUAAAGGGCAUAUAGUAGUUUUGUCAUCUGUGGCUGGUCUUUCUGGUACUGCCACAGGAGGAAGCAGAGUUUCUUUAUCCACUGCACAAUUUGCAGUCCAAGGACUAGCUGAAUCAUUACAUACUGAAUUAAGGCAUUCAAACAGUAACAUCAUAAUUACUUUAGUUCACGUUUAUCCAUUCAUUGUGGGCGCAGAAGUAGCAAAAGAUAUUCGUUUUAGAAUACCGAGUUAUUUUGGUACUAUGCCUGCCACAGAAGCAGCUAAACAAAUUUUGGAUGGUGUUCGUCGAAAUUAUGCGGAAUUUAGUGUACCUGGAUAUUUACUUUAUUUAGGACAUAUUCUUAGAAUACUUCCGAAGAAGGCAUCGUUUAUGCUGCGUGAUCUAUUAGACACUGGUGUUGAUUUUGGAUGA